AUGUUGCUUUUAUCUCUCAACGAUGAUGUCCUCGCCGAGAUACUCUCGUUCAUCCUAUCGCCUCUCGAUGCGUUACGAUUCGCGCAGACAUGUCGCUAUGCCUACGAUGUAGCCAUGCCUCGACGUCUGUCUGAGGUGAUCAUCAAGAACCCCAGACAGCUGUUAAGUUUCUGUCAUUUCGUGCUGGCCGAUCCCAAGUACCGUCCGAUCUGCAUGCGAACAUUGGCUCUCUAUUCAACAUCCACCUUCUUCUCAGCUAUGCAGCAUGAGCUUGCCGAAAUGCUGCAGCGAGCCCGUUUUCUCAGGUCGCUCGCCGUCCUGGACCUGGAGUCGCUUCUCUGCUCAGACCAUCUCAGGAAAGUGCUGUUUUCCCUGCCACAUCUACAGCAUAUCAACUUCAGCAACAUCGGCGGCUGGUCACUCAGGCUAUUAGCUGAGAUGGUCAGCCGACCGCAUCAUGUCCGUCUUGGUCCGUUCGACCCUCCUUCCCGCAGCAGCCUUCUCGGGAAUGUCCUCAAGAGAUUCGCCGAAUCGCUGGAGAUUCUUCAGAUAUGGAUUCCCGGUGGUCUUAUUCAAGGCUUGGAUUGUGGCGUUGUGUAUUCUCAUGUCCAUACCCUGAAACUCAACGGUUCUCAAGACAGGGAACCGAUAUCCCUUCCACGCCUUGCCCAGAUUUUUCCUAAUCUCAAACGUUUAGUUUGCUCCGCUAGUUACCGAUUCUCCGCUGAGAACGGCCCAAUAUGGGAUUCACUGGACGAAGUUGAUGCCCAGUACCCGAUCGACAUCCCGACGCGUGUACGUUCACUAGUGGCCCGAAAUUACCGCAAUGAUAACAAUCGCGACAUCCUGAACAUGCUGUGGCGCACGUCGCCGGCGAUGCUCACCUGCAUGAUGUAUCCCGAUGCGGUCUUGGAAAUGGUGCAGGCCGCACCGGGCUGGAAAUUAAAAUGCUUGUAUCUCAAGCUUAUAGGCUUCGUGUACGGACAGAAGGCACUCGCCUUGGCUUCGUACGAUACUACUGGCAUUUGUGAUAUGAGUGAGUACGCAGAGGACGAUAUCGGCGGACGUCUGGUGCGUGCGGCAUGUGCCCUCCGCGCCUUCCCUCUGGUCGCACUCUCUCUUUGUACCGGCAUAGCUGUGAUGCAAAUUGACCGUGUCGCCCGACAUGUCACGAGCGUUAUCCCGACCUUAGAGUAUGUCAAGAUCGACGACAGUGCGUGGUACCGCGUGGUGUCGCGCCCCGGCCCAGACAUGCUACCCUCACUUGUACUACUCUCGGAGGCGGAGACCUACGUUCUUGAGCAGUGGAUGUUUACGCUGGGCCACUCCUGA